UGCAGCGUCUGAGACUGCUCAAGCUGUCCACACACGGCCACUCGUAAGCAAGUAAAGAGAGUCUUUAGUCUGGAUGAGCUAUUUAUAUCAGAGCUGGGGAUCGUUGCGACGCACAGCCUAGUAUACACGGAGGAAAGAAACACAGAGCAAUCGAUCAAGAGGGAAGAAAGGGCAGAAAGGAACGACAAUGCACCCUCCUCCUCCUGCUGCUGCUGGUGGCGCCGCUGGACGUCCGGGCGUGCUGACUCGAGUGCUGAUCGGCAUGGCCGCGGCCGCUGCUGCCUUCGCCUUCUUCGCCUUCACGCUCGAGCCCGCCACCUUUCCCGACCUGCCGCCCCAGUGCAGUACUUCGGCGAGGGAAAUCAAGGAGCUGCGCUACCGCGCUUGCCUGCUCCUGCUAUGCGCCACGGCGCAGGCGGGCGCGGCCACAGCGGCGCUCGUCGUCGUGCCGCCGUCCCCGGCCGGCCACUUCCUUGCCUACAUCACCAGCGUGCUCGGGCUUGUCACGCUCGGCCACCUCACACAUGUCGUCCUCGGGGCCCUCGGCGCCACCGGCGUGCUCUGCCUCACAGACAACCUACGCACGGUGGUGCUCACCGUAUACUCCGUCGUCGCCUACAUGCUCAAUUUCGCUAUCUCUAUCCUCGGCCAGUAGCUAGCUACCUAUUGCAUGUGUUUCCAGAAACUAGUUGUUGUUGUGGUUCAGAAUUUCAGUUUCGAUAGUUUUCACUGUCGAGCAGUUUCAGCUAGGAAUAAAACCAAGUGAGCGUUGGAUUAUGCAUUUUUUUCUCCUUCUGUAGAAUAGAUCAAUAGGUCUCUGAUGAUAUCUAGCCAUGGAUGGCACCAUCAAAACGGAUCAUGGUGACGUUGUAGUAUGGCGUUGAGGGGCAUGUUGGGACGGCAGUGCCUGUAAUUCAAUCAUGGUCUGGUUAUAGUCGUGGACGACUUUCGGUUAAGCUUUGUAAGAUGAGAGGAACAGAAAAUGCUGAAAUGUUGCACA